AUGGGGCCUCUCACGCGUGUUUUAUGUCUGGUGGCAACUGCUGUAGUGUGCCUAGAAUGCAGCAGGCAGCCUGCCCAUAUGGUUGCUGCGGCACCUGGAGCGGCAGUUGCUGGAAGUCCAUCCGCAGCAGCUCCAGUGUCCGAAUCCAAUGUUCAGGUCCUCACGGAUGCAACGUUUGAGCAGGAGACGCAGGCCGUUACCGGCUCCACCUCGGGUGACUGGUUCGUGAAGUUCUAUGCCCCAUGGUGUGUCCACUGCCGCAAACUGGCUCCCGUGUGGGAGGAGUUGGCAACGAAGUUGAAGGGCCAGAUCAACGUGGCUCAUCUCGAUGCCACUACGAACCAGCAGACGGCCAGGCGCUUUGGCAUUAGGGGUUUCCCGACUUUGCUUUUCUUCAAGGACGGUCAAAUGUACAACUACAGCGGCGCCCGCACUGUCGAUGACCUCUACACCUUUGCGACUGGCGGGUGGAAGCAAACAACUGGCAAGCCCAUCCCGCCCGUGGUUUCCUGGUUCGACUUGACGAAGGACGAAAUCCUCGUGGCGUUUCAGCAGCUGCGAGAUGUGUUCAUUCAAUUCCCUGCGCCUUUGCUGCUGCUUUUCGCAAUGGGGUGCCUCAUGGGCUGCGUGUUGACGUGCCUGUGCGUGGCGCUGUGCAUGGGAACGAAGGGCCGCGAGAAGAAAGUGGUGGUUUCGAAGAAAAAGGACUAA